CACUGAUCUAUUUUGCAUACCAGACUACAGUACAUGAUCCCACAUCAACAGAGAGAUUCAACACAAGUUAGGAAACAGGUUUGAUGGAACCUGUCCUGGUUUUUAAACAGAAGGAAACAUUUCAAGAUUUGCUCUUGACAGUAACCUGACGACACAAUGGCAAAAGAUCAGCAGUGCCUUCAGAGAGAAUGGAGAAGAUCAAGGGAGGAUGACAACUCAAGCAGCAACAAUGGAUUGAUAGAUGCGGAUGAAGAAGUGAAGGAUGAGCAGAAUCCUUCAGAAGAAGAUGAGCGGACAGAAGAAAAGGAUACAAAAGAGCUGCAAGUAGAUGCACAGGAAAGUGGGAAGGCUGUUGAUGACAAUGAAGAAUGUAAUGUUAGUUUUCCUUUCACACCUGCAAACAGUGACAGUGUUUUUGCUAUAUGUACUAAUAAUGAUAAAGCCUGCGAUGAAGAGGAUGCCAAUAAAUAUGACAAGAACAAUAAUAUUGAUGCGGUACGCAGUAAUACUUUUCCUGUUUACAACGAUGAUUACUUAUUGAAUGUGUUUACAAAUGAUGCUAGUGAUGAUACUAAUAAGUAUGAUGAUACAGAGUAUAGCGUUAGUUUUCCUGCUGCAUCUGCAAACAGUGAUGGUUUAAUUGCUGCGUGCACAAAUAAUGAAAAGGCUGGAGAUGAAGGUGAAGAUGAUGCUGAUAAAUAUGAUGACGAAAAUACUGAUGAAGUACAUAGUAGUUUAACAGUUGCAUCCGCAAAAAGUGAGGGUUUGUCUGUUUCAAUUAUAAAUAAUGAUAAAACCAAUGAUGAAGAGAAUGCCAAUGAACAUGAUGAAGAUAAAUUUAGUAUUAGUUUUUCUGUUAUGCCUGCAAACAGUGAUGGUUUAAUUCCAGCAUCCACAAAAAAUUAUACAGAGGAUGCUUAUGAAAAAGAUUACAAAAAUAAUGAUGAAGAAUAUAAUAAUAGUUUACCUGAUGCGUCUGGAAACAGUGAAGGUUUAGUUGCUUCACUGGCAAAUAAUGAUAAAGUCAAUGAUGACAAGAGUGGAUAUAAUGUACAUGUCGAUAUUAACGGCAAAGAAGAAUAUAUUAAGAAUUUACCUGUUAAUUCUGCACAUGUUGACAGUUUAGCUGCUGUGUGUGGACAUAAUAAUAAAAUCACUGAUAAAGAUUAUGAUAAAUGCAACAAUAUUGAAAAUGUUUGUUUUGCAACUGCCUCCAUCAGUACCAAUGACAUUGGUGGUUCUGAAAAAGCAUUAACAUUUGGAGGUUUAACAUUUAGAGAUAAAGAGCAGCACAUGACGGACUCCAACUCUGAACAGGAACUGGUAAAUCAAGAAUUAGAAGAGGAAGAGGGAGAAGAUUUUGAUGUUGAUCUUGAUGAUGAUGAUGACAAUGAUGAUGAUGAUGAUGGAAGUAGCAGCUUUGAAGAUUCAGAAGUUGAGAAUGGCGACAUUUAUCCCAGGAAGCUAUACUCUGAUCCAGCUUACCCAAGUGCGGUCUUCCAGGCUCUGGAGAACAUGAUGUUGCAUUCGGUCCUCACUGACUUGACCCUCUUCACAGAUGAUGGAUACCGGUUCCAGGUUCAUUCCUUUGUCUUGGCUGCAGUCAGUUACCUUAUUCAGACGAGACUCAGACAGAAGCCCAAACAAGAGCAGUUUAUCUCGUUGUGUUUGGGUCCUAAGGUUCAUGGUUCUGGGUUGGCAGCAGUGGUGGAGUUCGCCUAUACAGGGUACAUUGACAUUCGGAACAAAAAAAAUAUAGAACAGAUUUGGUCUGCAGCAGUGAGCCUGGAAGCUCCAAGAAUUCUAGAACUCUGCAAAGAGGAGGACGAAAGAGAAGAGGACGAGGCAGGAGGGAAGAAAGUGGACAGAAAAGAGAUUUCUGCAGAGGAACAUAUAAAAAUUAGUCUCCAGCAUAUCAGACAGAUGUGGACACAGAGGAUGGGAUGUGACGUGGAGCUUGAAGCAGAAGGAAGAGUGUUUCAUGCUCACCGCACACUCCUGGCUGCCAGCAGUGACUACUUUAGAGGCAUGUUUACUAACGGUAUGAAGGAGAGUCGACAGGAAUUGGUGUCUCUGCUGCUUGUAGGGGCGGCCAUGUUUGAAGUCCUCCUGCACUACACUUACAGUGGGGCUCUUGUGCUCGGAUGGGGCUGUGUGUUUGAUCUCACCUGUACAUCUCUUCAAUUACAGUUUCAGACUGCCUUCUCACUAUGCCUUAACUUCCUGCAACAAGAAAUAGAUGCUUACAACUGCCUGGAUGUAGCAUCUUUUGCAGAGUCCUUUGGAAUGGGGGACUUACUUGCACUGGCCAAUGACUAUGUCUUGAGGCACUUUCAAGACGUGUCUGUCACUCCAAAGUUUCAAGAUCUUCCUGCAGAGAAACUGAAGAAGUACCUUCAAAGUGAUUCUCUCUGCGUUCCCUCAGAGUUGCCCGUAUUCAGAGCAGUCAUUUCUUGGAUCGAAGCCUUUCCCAGACAACGGGUGAAACUUGCCAGGGAGCUGAUGGGAACUGUCCAGUUUCCCUUAAUGACCUUUAAGGAGUUCAAAGAAGUCAAGUCCAUAACGUCCUGGCCGAGAAUUGGAGCCAAAAAACUAUACGAUUCUUUCCUUGAGGAGUUCUGUUCCAGUUCUUCAGAUGUUCAGUCCAAUUUCAGGGCCUAUAUGCCUAAAGACGCUCUAGUCCUAGUUGGGGGUGAGAGGAUCACUGAUAAUUUUGACAAACGUAGACCAUGUAGGGAAAUGUGGUUUAGCAAUUCCUUGCAGAACCAUGUUGGAUUGGUUAAGAAAGUAGAGUGGAGAAUGCUGGGAACUUUACCUGUGAAACCAAGAUUCAGUCAUGGAGUUGGGGUUAUGAGGGGCAAGCUUUACGUAGUUGGCGGACGGCAUUAUUACGGCAAAGCUGAUACCAUGAAUUGCACCUACAGGUAUGAUCCCAUUCAAAACUCUUGGCAAAGGUUGACUGAUAUGCACGAGAGAAGAGGCAGCUUCACUCUAGUGGUCCUAAAUGGUAAAAUAUAUGCUAUUGGUGGAGAGAGGGACUCAGGGGUCAAUAUGGAGAGUGCUGAGGUUUACUGCCCCAACACAAAUUCUUGGAGUUUUGUCCACCCAUUAGACCAAGCUCUGUGCUGUCAUGCGGCCACUGUAUGGAAUGGUACAAUCUUCCUAUCGGGAGGCUUUAACAACCAGUACCAAUGCCUCUCGUCCAUGACCCUUUACCACCCAGAACGAGGAUCCACUUACCUGGCUGAGAUGACACAUGAUAGAGCCCUGCACUGCAUGGAGACCCUGGGUGACCGUCUUUAUGUGGCUGGAGGGGUUUCGUGCGAUGCUGAUGGGCGUCUGUUAGAUCAAUUAGCUUGUGAGGUCUAUAACCCUGUAGCCAACUCCUGGAGUGCCAUUAUGCCAUUCCCAGUGCCUCAUGUUGGGUCAGCAUCAGCGGUCUUAGAAGGAAAGGUCUACGUAAUUGGAGGUUACUGCCAGGAAGACUACAAUGAUACCAAAACUGUGCAUCGCUAUGAUCCUGCAACAGAACGCUGGGAGAACAUGAGCAUAACACCAGGACCAAACACAUACAUAGCUGCCUGUGUGCUGCCAAUACCUGCUCAUCUUAGACAAUAAGACAAUAAGAAGGGAAUACAUUGAAUACAAUGCAGUGUCCUCAGUUACGGCACUGUACAUAAAAAAUAAUAAUUAAAUUAAAUAAAAUAAUAAUAAAAGUAAAACAUCUUUAAAUCAACACACGGGGAUGAAAACUCUGAUCUGAAUUUCAGAUUGGGGCAAAAGGCGUUCUCAGAAAUGAUUUGAACAGGUGAUUUUUAAGGGAAUGUACAAUCCAUUGAAAGUCUGGUUAUAUUAUUGACAUUAUGGCAUUAUCCCCACUGCACAUAGGCAUUUUCAAAUAACAGUUCUUUGAAAGUGUGCAUUAUAUAUAUAUAUAUAUAU